AUGUUAGUGGGACUUAAUAAAUUCGGAUUUUCUUUUGAUAAAAAAAUAGGGAGUGGUUCCUUUGGUCAAAUAUUUUUAGGAACAAGCAAAUAAACUGGACAAGAUGUAGCCAUUAAAUUAGAAGCCGUUACAAAUAAACAUCCAUAAUUAAUCUUCGAGGGCAAGAUCUAUAAAGUAUUGCAAGGAGGAAUGGGGAUUCCAUAAUCUUAUUGGGUUGGAAGUGAAGGAGAAUACAAUAUAUUAGUGAUGGAACUACUUGGUCCAAAUCUAGAAGAUCUAUUCAACUCGUGCAAAAGACACUUCUCAUUAAAAACAGUCUUAAUGAUUGCUUAAUAGAUGCUUUCAAGAAUUGAAUUUAUUCAUAGCAAAAACCUAAUUCAUAGAGAUAUCAAACCUGACAAUUUUCUGAUUGGAUUAACUUAGAAGAGUGAUAUCAUUUAUAUAAUAGACUUUGGUCUAUCUAAGAAAUAUAGAGAUUAGAGAACUAAUCUCCAUAUUCCAUAUAGAGAAGGUAAAAGUUUAACUGGAACAGCUAGAUAUGCUAGUGUAAAUACACAUUUAGGAGUUGAGCAAAGCAGAAGAGAUGAUUUGGAAGCAAUUGGAUAUGUAUUAGUUUAUUUUUUAAACGGAUAAUUGCCAUGGUAAGGUUUAAAAACAGAUAACAAGAAAGAUAAAUAUGAAAAGAUAGCUGAAUCUAAGAUUGCUACUUCAAUUGAAAAAUUAUGUGAUGGACUGCCAGAAGAAUUUUCUAUAUAUUUCAACUAUUGCAAAAGCCUAAAAUUCGAAGAGAGACCUGAUUAUGUUUGGUUAAAAAAAUUAUUUAAAGAUCUUUAUACAAGAAUGAAAUAUCCAAAUGAUAAUGUUUUUGAUUGGACCAAAUUAUGA